CACAGCGUCUUGGCUGUCGUGUCAUCGGGGACACUGAGGGAAGUUUCCGAUUUGAAAUGUCUCUAGUUUGAAAGAGGCAACAUGCAUUAUUAAAAUGUAGUAUAGCUUUAGGAACCAUGUGCCUGUUGCAGUGUGCCGGCGGGUCAACAUGCAGUGGAGAAGACAUAUCGCUGGCCUCGCUUUUAGCUUCGUUUUCGUUGUAUCAUAUUUCACGAAUAAGUUUGUCCUGUCAGUGUUGAAAUUCACAUAUCCAACCCUGUUUCAAGGAUGGCAGACAUUUAUUGGGGCCAUCCUGCUCCUACUCUCUGGGAAGCUGGGAUGGGUGGAAAUGAGCCGCAUCACCAGGUCAGCAGCUCUUUCCUGGCUUCCAGGCUCCCUCCUGUUUGUAGGAAACAUAUAUGCUGGUUCUAGAUCCUUAUCACGUAUAGAAAUCCCUUUUUACUUCACUCUUCAGAAUUCGUCUCAUGUUGUUAGUUACAUAAUCUUGAAGGUCAUCCAUAGAGAGAAGGCACAGUGGCUGAAGUUUAUCAGCUUAUGCUUAAUGCUGCUUUCAGCCAUCAACUUGCCCCUCUUUGAUCCUCAGUUUGACUACAGUGGUUACCUUUGGGCUGUCGGUCAUCUGUUCUGUGUUGGUGCAUACAGGGUGUUUCAAGUUCACUACAAACCCAGUAAUUUAAGUGACCUUGAACAACAGUGCAUUAACUACUUGUUCAGUGUACUGCUGCUGGCCAUUGCUGCUCACCCAACAGGUGACCUCACUGGUGCCUUGGAGUUCCCGUCCCUUCAGUCCAGCACAUUUCACUGUGGUUGCUGUGCCAGUGCACUGCUGGGGUUUUUGCUUCUGCUGGCCACAGUCAAACUGAAAAGUGGAUUUUCCUUCGAGCACUUUGGGGUCUGGAUUUUUUUGUCUAAGAUUACUGCCAUGUCCCUCUCCCCAUUUAUUUUCCACAUGGACUUUAACAUUCCAGCUCUUAUUUGUGUGGUCGUCAGCCAUGUUGCCGAAGCCCUGUUGGUGUAUUCUGAAAGAGAAUCUCUUUGAUGAGAAAACUGCAGCUCUCCAGUUUAACCAACAACUUGCACUUCCUGAAGAGAUUCUUUUUUUCUAAAAAAAGUGUUUUAUUUUUUCACCUUUUUGUAUUUUCUCAUCAGUGAGCUGAUGAUCUGCUGAUGAAAAUAAAAUUAUCUUUGUAUGCAUA